UGUCAUCCCCGCUCAGCCCUCUUCAGUGCGUGUGCCUUGCAUGGAAAAGGGAAAAGCGAGAGAAGGAAAAAGGAAAAGGAAGAGCGGUCAGAGGAGAGAGACUAGAAGGCAAGAGUGUGUGACUCAGGGCGUGUGCUGGUUCUUGAGUGCUACAGUGGCUUAACACAGAGUUGCCAUGAAGUCUUCUAGACAGAUGUACUCCACUUCACCGACAGUAGGUUAACUGCUGUCGUUGUCCGUGGCUUUAAAUUUCCUUUGCCAUGGCCAAGCGCGAGGCUGGAAGUACCAGCCCUGUGGUGCGUCAGAUAGACAAGCAGUUUCUGGUCUGCAGCAUCUGCCUGGAUCAUUACCGCAACCCCAAGGUCUUGCCCUGCCUGCACACCUUCUGUGAAAGCUGUCUCCAGACCUACAUUCCCCCUGAGUCUCUGACACUCUCAUGCCCAGUGUGCCGGCAGACAUCUAUCCUGCCAGAGAAAGGAGUUUGUGCCCUGCAGAACAACUUCUUCAUCACUAAUCUUAUGGAGGUCCUUCAACGAGACCCAGAGUGCUCGCGGCCAGAGGCCUGCAGUGUGUUGGAAUCAGUCAGUGCUGCAGCUGCAGGGAAGCCGCUCUGCUGCCCAAACCACGAAGGAAAGGUGAUGGAGUUCUACUGCGAGUCAUGUGAGACAGCCAUGUGUUUGGAGUGCACAGAGGGCGAGCACAGGGAGCACAUGACUGUUCCUCUGCGGGAUGUGGUGGAACAGCACAAGGCUGCGCUGAAGACACAGCUGGAUGCCAUACACAGCAGGCUACCUCAGUUAACAGCAGCCAUUGAGCUGGUGAGUGAGAUCUCUCGACAGCUGAGUGAAAGGAAGAAUGAGGCAGUAGCGGAAAUUACAAGUACAUUUGAAGAGCUGGAACAGGCGCUGCAUCAGCGCAAGACGGCCCUCAUCACAGACUUGGAGAAUAUCUGCAGUACCAAGCAGAAAGUCCUGCAGGCCCAGCUUUCAGCUCUCCUCCAGGGGAAGGAACAUAUUCAGAGCAGUUGCAGUUUUACAGAGCAAGCUCUCAGCCAUGGUAGUGCUACUGAGGUGCUGCUGGUUCAGAAGCAAAUGAGUGAGCGAGUAAACGCGCUGGCCAGACAUGACUUCCCAGAGAAACCUCAUCAGAAUGCACACCUGGACUGCCAGGUGGAGACCGAGGGCCUGCGGCGCUCCAUCCAGAACCUGGGUGUUCUCCUCACCACAGCAGCUGUGGCUCACACUUCCGUGGCCACAGGAGAGGGCCUCCGCCAUGCAGCAACUGGGCAACACCAAACUAUUACUGUGACAACAAAAGACAAAGAUGGGGAGCUGGUGCGGACAGGAAACGCAGUUUUAAAAGCAGAGAUAACGUCCGCUGAUGGGAGCCGGGCUGCAGAGACGGAGAUAACGGACAAUAAGAAUGGAACAUACGAGGUGGGCUACACGUUACGCUCUGAGGGAGAGUACUCGUUUUCUUUGCUGCUGUACGGACAGCCGGUACGUGGCAGCCCUUUCCGACUGCGAGCAGUUAAGCCGUCAGAUGUUCCGCAAUCUCCAGACGAUGUGAAGCGGAGGGUGAAGUCCCCCAGUGGCACGGCUGGCCACAUACGGCAGAAGGCAGUGCGACGGCCUUCCAGUAUGUACAGCACGACUAAGAAAAAGGAGAACCCCAUUGAAGAUGAGCUCAUCUACAGAGUGGGUUCUCGGGGUAGAGAGAAAGGCGAGUUCACAAAUCUCCAGGGGAUCUCAGCCUCUAGUAAUGGCAGAGUGGUGGUGGCUGACAGCAACAACCAGUGCAUACAGGUUUUCUCCAAUGAUGGCCAAUUCAAGAUGCGCUUUGGGGUCAGAGGUCGGUCUCCAGGGCAGCUGCAAAGACCAACGGGUGUCACUGUUGACAUGAACGGUGACAUUGUGGUGGCCGACUAUGACAAUCGGUGGGUCAGCAUCUUCUCUCCUGAUGGGAAGUUUAAGAAUAAGAUCGGUGCAGGACGGCUCAUGGGUCCCAAGGGUGUGGCUGUGGAUAAGAACGGACACAUCAUCACUGUGGACAACAAGGCUUGCUGCGUCUUCAUCUUUCAAUCCAAUGGGAAACUUGUGACCAAGUUUGGAGGCAGAGGGACUUCUGACAGACAGUUUGCAGAAAAACUUGGCCCAAACAUAAAUAAAUCUGGCUCAGUUUUCAGCCCGCAUUUUGUUGCCGUGAACAACAAGAAUGAAAUUAUCGUGACCGAUUUUCACAAUCACUCUGUGAAGGUGUACAGCGCUGAUGGGGAGUUCCUGUUCAAGUUCGGCUCUCAUGGCGAAGGGAACGGCCAAUUCAACGCUCCCACUGGCGUGGCUGUGGAUGCCAAUGGAAACAUCAUUGUAGCUGACUGGGGUAACAGCAGAAUACAGGUGUUUGACAGCACAGGGUCCUUCUUAUCCUACAUUAACACUUCGGCAGACCCGCUGUACGGCCCCCAGGGCCUAGCGCUCACCUCAGAUGGACACGUGGCUGUUGCAGACUCUGGCAAUCAUUGCUUUAAAGUUUACAGAUAUCUGCAGUAGACUGAGGGGAAGAUGUCGCCGCCACCACCAACUCCUGCUUUAAAAAGCAAUGUCACAUAUUUCUUGCAGAGAAAAAGUUGCAACAUGCCUGCACACUUCCCAGAGGCUCCAUGUCCACAAAUUAAUUUCCUGUUCAUUUUGUCUGUAAAUACUUCAAGGAUUUAAUGUCCAGAAAUGAUAUUAAGAACAAACUUCCAAAACAUGCAAUUUUAAUGUUUUCAAAGACAAAAUUGGCUAGAUAUCACAAAAACUACUGACUACUGCAAGAACAGAAACCAUAAUUACUGAAACGGCAGUGAGUUCUUGGAUUACUUCUAUUUUUAAAAACAAUCAAGCAGGUAAACAUAUCUCAUAUAGAGACUUUCAAAUACUUGCGUUUUUUUUUUUUAAAGAAUGUGAGACAGCCUCUGCUCAACUAUACACCUGCAAAGUUAGAUGACUACAUCUUGUACAGUCGCGUUGCUGUUACAUGGCUAAAUAGGUCCAUAGACAGACAUGCAUAUAUCAAAAACACCUAAACAAUCAAUUAGGCAUGUCUAUAUUUUGUCAUUCUUGGUUUGUCUAACUUUAACUUUCCAUAAAGCUGAGCUAUAAUGCUUCUCUCCACCUCAUGUUUUUAUUCUCGGACUCUACUAGAGUAGCUUUGCAUGAUUCUGUCUGAAACAAGCUGUUUUAGUUUGAGGUUUGAGAUGGGCUUUAUCAGCAGAUGGGCAGUGUUGCGCUUCUCACAGAGCUGCGUGCCUGAAAAUCAAUAAUUCAAUUUUGGUACCUAAAAAUUUCAGCUUAAUAACUUGAAAUGUCAAGUUAUUGAGGGAAACAGAGUGCUUUAGGCAGCUAGAAGCCUGAGCUAUUAGCGCAUGGGAAUUAUUUGCACAAACACUUGGCUAAAUUUGUGAUUAGUAUCAAUGUCACAGUAAAAAAAAAAGUUUGUGUGUGUGUGUGUGUGUAUGAAUGACAUAGAUUAGGUAUAAGCAUAAUAGUUUACUCUGAUUGGCUUAGAGCCUAAAACUAACCAACUAUCGACAGGAAAAAAUGAACAGGAAAUUAACCCCUGGCUCAAAGGCCUUUUAGCUCUAUUCCCCAAGUGUAUCUUCACAGCCUGUCAGUCUUAAAUUGUUUUGGCAAUGCAGAUGGGCAACACUCAGUAUCCAGCAAACAAGGCAACGCAAUGAAGAUUCCCUGUUUCCUGAAAGGAACAUGAUGCUUUAUGAGUAAAAAAAAUGCUCAGGUCUUUCCUUGAACAACGUUGCAUGUUCGUGUGCUCUGAAAAUGAUCUUCUUGUCACUGCCUUACAAUAUUCAUCAGCGAACUCUGCAGAAACUUCAGGAAUGUGUUGUUUUAAAAGGAACUGCUUAUCAUUCUCAUUCUGCACCUUAUCAGUCUGACAUGAUCACUGCACAAUUAAAAUUAUUCUUAUCAUUGUUUUUUUGUUUUUUUUAUUUCUAUUUAGCCAUAAGAUGAGUUUACGUAUAUGCAAGUUGUUUCAUUUUGGGAUCCAAAGACAAGCAUCAAAAAGCACAGUAGUUAAAAAAAAAAGGCUAAAUAUCUGAACCAGCUCCCCUUCACCCUAAAGUCGGAGCCCUACUAGCAAAACAAAAUAAUAGUAACUAGUCCUUGCACUUUCGUAUAUUCAUACCUACAAUUCACUGUAGUUGUGCAUAUGCACAUUUACACGUAUGUAUAUAUUUAUACAUAUAUAUAUGGAUUUGGUGUCUAUAUAGCCUACAUAUUCCAGCACUUAAACAGAAACAAGGUCACGCCAAGUAGUUAACUGAAUGAAUGAAACAUCAGUGGAACAAAGUUGUAAUAAGUACAUAUUAUUUGCUGUAUUCUUUUUUUUUCCUUUUUGCAAAAGAAUUUAUUUAUUUACAAAUUUCUUUUCUACAUAAUUUGUUUGACAAAUUAUUUUUCUAAUUGGUCGGUUUGAACCUUCUCCUCCUCUUUGCCAAACUUAGCUAUACCAUUGUAACUUGUAGCACUCAAAGCUGUUUUCUGUUUUUGACUCUUCCCGGUCAAACAGUGACGUUUCCUUCUGCCAAAACCUAUUGUUGUAAGUUGCUGUUGAACAUUGCACAGAAUACAAAUAAUGAGAGUUAUAUAGUUUGCAAGAGUAAUAUAUGCCUCUAUGUAUAGUUCAUUUUGACAUAAUCAGAACGUGUACUGUAUAUUACAAUCAUAUUCCUGUUGUAGCUGACAAGCACUUUUAUCGUGGAUUUUCCAGGAUUUGUAUUCAUUUGCUCUGUAGUUCAAUGUUUAGAGGUUUUUGUUUUUUUGUGCGUGUGGCUCUUACAAAAACACCAGCUAAUAUGCAGUGACACAAAAUCAUCUCUCACCUGUGUUUUAGAAAUACUGUCUGUCCCCCAGUACUGACUCAUUCUGAUUUUCCAUCUGCAUUUCCUAUUUAUUGGAAAACUGACAGAUUGAGCUAAACUUCCCUUCUCACUAGACUGUAUUUAUUCUUUUUGUUGUUGCUUUUAACUGUCAAAAGACAUGUGGGGGGAAAACUGAAGCACACAGUAUUAAUAAAAUGACAUCAACUUUUGUGUAUACAACUGUGUACUACAAGAGGCCAUUUACAAGUAAUCAGUCCGUUCAUGUAUCACGGGGAAGGUAUGAUUGUAAAUUAAAGAAUGACUAAACUACUGCAAAUUGCCUGCUUUGUAUAACUAAACUUUAGUUUAUGUAUUAUACAGUAGACUCAUUUUUACAGUGAAUUUUCAGUUGUUUUCCUUUGUUUCUUGGCCAGAUUAGAUAUCAGCAUCUCUCUUCAUGCCUACUUUGCCUACUAUGCCAGUUGUUUUUUUUUUUUCCUGAUGU